GACUGCUUUGACCUCCGGCAGCGGUAGAAGAUGGCGGCCGCCGCUAGGCUUUCGCACAAGGUCCGCUUCUUCAGCACCGGCCUCGUCCGCCCCGCCACCCAUCUCGUCAAGCCUCCAAUCCAGGUGUAUGGACUAGAAGGUCGCUAUGCUACUGCUUUCUACUCUGCUGCUUCUAAGCAGAAGAAACUGGAACAGGUGGAAAAGGAACUGAGUCGAGUAUUGACUCUUAUGAGGGAUCCCAAAGUGGCUAGUGUUGUCCUGAAUCCUCACGUAAAGGCUGCAAUUAAGAAAAAAACUGUAAAUGAUAUCUUAGUAAAAGAAAGGUUCUCCCCCAUCACUGUCAACUUGGUCAAUUUGCUUGCUGAAAAUGGUCGCCUGCGUCAGACUCCUGAUGUGAUUUCUGCUUUUGGAAAGAUCAUGAGUGCAUACCGUGGAGAAGUGCUCUGCUCGGUCACCACCGCUCAGCCCUUAGAUGAAGUCAGUCUUGCUGAGCUGAAAACUACUUUGAACAGCUUUCUGGCUAAAGGAGAAAUCCUAAAACUGGAGACCAAGACUGAUGCAUCAAUCCUGGGUGGAAUGAUUGUCAGCAUUGGAGAGAGAUAUGUUGACAUGUCCACAAAAACCAAGAUUCAGAAACUGACCAGAAUCAUGAAAGAAGCUGUUUAACACAUUAUCCUACUGCUUUUUUUCACAAUGAGACCUAUCAAUACCAUCUGGAAACAAUAAAAAUAUUUGUCCUUGAA